AUUCAGCCCUCCGCCUUGUCAAGUUACAUUCAUGGAUCUUCCCUUUGCAUUAUCCAUUCUACGAUACACCUAACAUCUUACACAUCUGUGCUUCCAACUUACUGGUUUCAUUUUUGGGACUGCCACAGAGUCGAAACUAUUCCACCACGAUUAGAUACUCAUUUUUAAACCAGCAGACCAAAUACCUUGAAUCCAACCGCCAAUCGACGAAUAGACAACCACAGUAAUUUCCGCGACCAUGACAUCCCUCGCGGCGGGGAUAGUCGAUCCCACGAAAGCCGGCAAAUAUCCUGUCGUCCUGAGCGAUGCUUUACUUGGUAAAGACCCGAAGGAGGUCUUUACUGGCGUUAGAUAUAAUCAUAAGCCGUCCUUGUCGUCACCCACAGCACCGACCCAGGCGCGAAUAAAACAGGCUUCCUCAUCUAAGAAAAGUGCUCCGACAUACGACCUCUCAUUUCAGGAUGACGGCGGACGCUACCAGUAUAAAGGAACUCGGGGUGUCGAGGAUAGCCAAUACGUACUAAUCUUCGAUGCCGCGCGCGAGGUCUUUGUUCUUCAUAAAGUAGACUCUAUGUUCAAUAUGAACCUAGUGCAGACACCAUCCAGCGAUGCCGAGAGCCUGCGACGGGAAUUCCCCCAGCUUGAGAGCCACAGCAACAGCAGCAGCGCCAAGGUCGCGGGCCCGACGAGCGGUGGCAAGAAGUCUACGAAAGCGAGCAACGAAGAGAAAAAGACAACAUCUAAACCACGAAAACAGGCGCCAAAAGCGAAGGCAGAGGAGAAGCCAGCUUUGGUCAUGCCCGAGAAGAAACCGCCCCCGAAACCCACAACCACCGCUAAGCCAAGCAAGGCGUCGGCAGAUGAAGAGGAUGAGAGCUCAGAUGAUGAUCUUGGCCUCACGAUCGAGAAUCCAGGUGGCCAGGCGCGAGACACAAGGCAGAAUUUCUCACCAGGCAACAUAUUUGGAAUUCGCCCAUUUUCCGAUUUCGUUCGGGAUGACGAGGGAGAGAAUGACGAUGCCGAUGGCGAGGACGAUGACGACGAUAACUUCGAGCAUUUUAAGCUACCUAGUCCAAUAAAUCGCCAGAUGCAGGAGACUAGUACUUUCCAACAGCCGACACAAGCCAACGGGGAUGACGAGGAAGAAGAGGAUGAAGAGAUGGAAGACGUGGGGCAACAAUCGGUUGAUGCUGACGAAGCCGCUCUGGACGAUGAAAUGGAUCUUGAAGCUGCUCUAAUGGCCGAACUAGGUGAAGCUGACAAUGCACAGGAAAGCGACGUUAGUGAAGAAGAGUAAUCGCGAAAAGGGCCACCAUCGUUCGUUUGGGACCUACAGAAUUUUAUCCAAUUUUGGAUGGAUUUUAUGAACACGGCGUCCGGUGCCCCGGAUACCAUCUACUGUGCAUUCAUGGCUUGAUGAAAUAGGAACGGAUCAUAUACAUCAGGGGAAAAAACUAAGGAAAACGGAUAGUUCUGUUAGAUUUCUUUUAUUGAGCGAAUUGAUAUUCAAGCUUGAGAUAUUCAGAAGUUACCGACGGUGACCCCAUAUGCUCGAGAAAACGCGUGUUUUGGUUUGAUGGAACUGAUCUGGACGUUAUGAAUUAUGUUCUAAUAGCGCUGAUCUACAACAGGGCAUCUAUAGAUACUGAUUCCUAGGCAUUCAGCAAGAUCACAGGGCGACUCGUG